AUGAAUAAUGUUAGAAAUAAGUAUAAAUUAAGUAAUGAAAAAAAAGAAAAAUACAAUGAUGUUGAAAAUAUGUGUAACAAUAUAAAAGAAAUGAGUUAUGAAUCUUGUGAUCCAUACAAUGAAGACAUGAAUAAUGAAAAGGAGAGUAACAAUGUUAAUACAAAUACUCAAUUUUUUAACAAAGAGAAACGGAAUAUAAAAGUUAGCGAAUAUAACAAUAAAAAUAAAAACAUAUAUACUAAUAAAAGUAAAUAUAAAAGCUAUACAUAUCAUAAUUAUGUUGAAAAAGGUAAUAUUAAUAAUAAUGAUAGCAAUAAAAAUUAUGUAAAUAAAAUGGAUAUAGUGGAAAAUAAUCGCUUUACAAAUAAAAGUGAUGGACAUAACGAUAAAAAAAAGUAUAUAUAUAAUAAGCGAUUUUAUAAUAAUUAUAACAUGAAUAAUAGCGAAAAAUAUUAUAGUAAUAAAAAUAAAGAAGAAAAUAAGCAUAUAAAAAAUUCUUAUAGAAGAAAUAAUUAUUAUAAUAGAAAUUCAAAUCAAAAUAAUUUUAAUCAUAAUUUAAACAUAGAUAUUGAUAAACAAAAUAGUAAAAAUAUACGAUAUAGGAAUAAUGAAUAUGGUAAUUAUUAUAAUAACGAAAACACAUUUAGAAAAAUUAAUAAAAAAAAUGAUAAUAUAGAUGAUAGCCGUUUUAGUAACAUAUCUAAACAUAAGACACUUGACAAAAAUAAUAAAUUUUCAUUAUCAAAUUAUUAUGAAAAUAUAAAAUCAGAAGAACAUUUCAAUUUAAAAAAUACUGAUAAAAAUUUUGAUGACAAUUAUGAAUAUAAUAACAAUAGGGUACAAUUAAAUCCUCCUGAUCAUAUGGAACAAAAUAAUAAUUUUUUGUUUCAAACAAAAAAUAAAAAUUUUAUAAACGAAUAUAACGACACAUCCCAAACAAAUUAUGAAAAUUGUCAGAAUUCUGAAAAUAACGAAAACUAUAAAAAUGAAUCAUCUAAACAAAAUUCAAGGAAAAACAGCGAAUCUUUCAAAACACCAAAUAAAGAAUCUUAUCAAAUAAUGGAAAAUGUCAAUGGGAAUAUAUUAGAGGGUUUAAAUAAAGACAAAAAUGGUAAUACAAAUGAAGAUUUAAAAAAAUUAAAAAGAGAAGAAGAGAAAAAAAAAGUAAAGAAUUGGAAACCAGAAGAACAAGCUUUACUCGAAGAAGGAUUGCGAGUUUAUAAAGAUUUAAAAAAUUCUCCACACAAAUGGGAAAAAGUUAGUCAAAUUGUAAAAACCAAAAAUUCAGACGAAUGUUUGAAACGUUUUCUUUAUUGCAGAUUUGUUAUUAUGAAAGAAAAAGAAAAAAUUGAGAAAGAAAAAACGAAGGAAGAAAAGAUGGAAAACAAAAUUGAAGAAAAUGAUGAACUUGACCAAGAUAUAGAUAGUGAUGAUAUGGAUAUAAAUAAUAAUAUAAAUGUAAAAGGGAAAAAUAUAUUAUUGAAAAAUGUUUAUAUGAAAAAUAUAUCAUUGUAUAAGGCAGUUUUAUUAAAAUUUCAAUUAGUUUGUACACGAUGUUGCAAUACAUUUGACGUCACUAUAACGAGCAAAGACCAGCCACAAUUAGUGUGUAAUUGCACCAAUUGUAGUAGCAAUGCAAUUGUUGAAGUUUACAGAAAUAUUUGUUUUUUGGGGAAUAGCUGUAUUUGCGUAUUAAAAUUUAAUCAAUGUUCAUUGAUGGACUUAUUGUCGGGAGACUAUAGCAUAAAUUGUGAGGGAUGUGGAAGAAAAACUCUCAUAAAAAAUGUAUUAUCCGGCAAAGAAAUAUGUGUAAAUUGUCAAAAUUGUUUCAUAAAACUGGAAUUUCGAUAUGAAGAAUUUGCAUUUGAUGAAGCUUUUACUGCAAAUGAUGCCGCAAUAAAAAAAAUUGAUGAUAUGAUAAAUAAGUUAUUUACGAGUAAAACUAACAAAAAAAAAAUAGUUACACCCCAAUCAAACAAUUUAAAAAUUGAGAAAACAAAAAAUGUUGUAAAAAUAAAUAAUAUCGAAGUGAAAGAUGGUGCUUGUAAGCAUUAUAAAAAAUCACAUAAAUUGUUUAAAUUCCCAUGUUGUAACAAAAUAUUCCCAUGCCCAACAUGUCAUAAUUUAAAUAGUAACCAUGAAUAUGUUCUUGCAAAAAGAGUUAUAUGCGGAUAUUGUUAUCGGGAAUUUGACGAUGAUGAUGUGUGUAUAUGUCAAAAGGAUAAAAAAACGAAAAAGGGUGGGAGCUUUUGGGAGGGGGGUAAAGGAUGCCGAAAUGCAAUAACGCUAAGUAAAAAUGAUUCAAAAAAGUAUAAGCUUUUAAAUAGACAAACCGUACAAAAAAAAAAAAAGUAA